AUGUCAAGUCUGAAUGCAAACCAGAAAAGAUGCCUUGGUGUCUGGCCGAAUGAAGAAAUCUCGUACACCAACGCCUCAAUGUCGGGCUUUCUCUCCCUCAUCACAAUCCCCGGUAACCUCCUGGUUCUCAUCGUUGUGUUCAAAAACCCGAACGGUAAAAUGCGAACUCCGUUCAACUGGUUCAUUCUCAAUUUGGCCUUGGCUGACCUGUUGGUGGGAAUGAUCGUGGAACCUCUCUCUGUUGUCGUUCAUGCCCGGGAAGGUCUCGGAUAUCCGUUAAAGUACCACGUUUACUUACAACCUGUCUACUUCACUUCAUGCACUGCCUCGGUAUUUAGUCUAGGUAUGCUAACAAUUGAUCGCUAUAUCGCCAUUACUUCACCAAUGCAGUACCGAGCCACCUUAAGUAACAAACGAGCGGCUAUCAGUUCCCUUGCCAUUUGGAUAAUUUCCACUUCACUACCUUUCCUUCAGCAGGAAAUCGGCUUCCUUUGGUACUUUUUCGUGUUCGGAAACGCGUCCGUGUUGGUAACGUUCUUCGUGUUGCUAUUUGCGUUCGUGCGCGUGCAUCUCACUUUACGUGCCCAGAUCAAAGAACUCGAGUCGAUCCAAGGCCGCAGUGAAGAAAACCAAGCACGGAAUAACGCACUCAGGACUGAAGCACGGAUCACAAAAACAUUUAUGUUCAUGUUAUUGGCUUUCAUUUUCUGCUAUACUCCAUCUUUGAUAAUGAUUUACUUGAUGAAUUUGUGUACAGUGUGUUCCUGUCAAGCCAUACAUUGGUUCCGAGAUCUGUCUUAUGUUUUUAUCGUUCUUAAUUCCAGCGUCAACCCCUUCCUCUAUGCAUGGCGUCUUCCGAACUUUCGUGAAGCCAUUAAAGCGCUCUUUAAACGAAGUACCUCACAACAGUUAACCGCUGCUGCCAACAGAAGUCCACUCCCAGCCGCACAAAGGAAUAACGGUACUACAGCAAUGACCAAUGUUAGCUCAGAAAGCAACGGUGCGACCCCAGCUCAACCAAAGAAGGAUGACGUCCCGGGCGCGAAAGUGAAUGAAGUUGCCAUUUGUGUAGAGGAACGGUUAUGA